UCGGCGCCGCCUGAGCCGCGGUGCGGGCUGCGCGGGGCGCCGGGUCCGCGGAAGCCUGGGUCGGGGGCUGCGUGAGGGACUCUCGUCGCGCGUGGACGCUGCGCGAGCGCGCGGGGGACGUAGGGCGCCGACCUGGGGCUCCCCGGCGCUCCGGCUCCGCUCAGGGCGCCCGCUCAGGGGCCUCCGGCGCGAGGCCCCCUUCGUGGUCAAGAUGGCGGCGCCCAGGCGGGCCGCGCCGAGGUGAGCUGGAGCUGGGCCCGGAGAGGGGUCAGUCAGCCACGCCCAGGACUUGGACCCCGGGCUCGUCUCCCGUCUCCCGUGGAGCGGCGGGUUAAUUAUCUGAGAAGAGUAUUGUGCCAGCACACUUGAUGCUACAGUAUUUCAUGUUUGACAGGUUGAUGGGCGCUACGGGAUAAGGAAAAGGAUGUGAAGCUCACUGAAGAGGCUUGGGUUGGGAGUGCUGGAGGAGUGUACAGGUGGGGAAAAUGUACCAGCGUGUAUGCCUACUGGGACCACGUUUUCCAGAACAGUUAAGCCCAGUGUCAACUAUGCUGUCCCACCUUCCUCACCCUCCAGAUGGCGUCUUCUGUGGGCAAUGUGGCCGACAGCACAGAACCAACGAAACGUAUGCUUUCCUUCCAAGGGUUAGCUGAGUUGGCACAUCGAGAAUAUCAAUCAGGUGAUUUUGAGGCAGCUGAGAGACACUGCAUGCAGCUGUGGAGACAAGAGCCAGACAAUACUGGAGUACUUUUAUUACUUUCAUCUCUACACUUCCAGUGUCGAAGGCUGGACAGAUCUGCCCACUUUAGUACUCUGGCAAUUAAACAGAACCCUCUUCUGGCAGAAGCCUAUUCGAAUUUGGGGAAUGUGUAUAAGGAAAGAGGGCAGUUGCAGGAAGCAAUUGAGCAUUACCGGCAUGCAUUGCAUCUCAAACCAGAUUUCAUCGAUGGUUAUAUUAAACUGGCAGCCGCUUUGGUAGCAGCAGGUGACAUGGAAGGGGCAGUACAAGCUUACGUCUCUGCUCUUCAGUGCAAUCCUGAUUUGUACUGUGUUCGCAGUGACCUGGGGAACCUGCUCAAAGCCCUGGGUCGCUUGGAAGGAGCCAAGGCAUGUUAUUUGAAAGCAAUGGAGACGCAACCGAACUUUGCAGUAGCUUGGAGUAAUCUUGGCUGUGUUUUCAAUGCACAAGGGGAGAUUUGGCUUGCAAUUUAUCACUUUGAAAAGGCUGUCACGCUUGACCCCAAUUUUCUGGAUGCUUAUAUCAAUUUAGGAAAUGUCUUGAAAGAGGCACGGAUUUUUGACAGAGCUGUGGCAGCUUACCUUUGUGCCCUAAGCUUGAGCCCAAAUCAUGCAGUGGUACGUGCCAACCUGGCUUGUGUAUACUAUGAGCAAGGCCUGAUAGAUCUGGCAAUAGACACCUACAGGCGAGCUAUUGAAUUGCAACCACAUUUCCCUGAUGCUUACUGCAACCUAGCCAACGCUCUGGAAGAGAAGGGCAGUGUUGCCGAAGCAGAAGAUUGUUAUAAUACAGCUCUGCGGCUGUGUCCCACCCAUGCAGACUCUGUGAGUAACCUAGCCAAUAUCAAAGGAGACCAGGGAAACUUUGAAAAGGCAGUUCGCUUGUAUUGUAAAGCAUUAGAAGUCUUCCCAGAGUUUGCUGUUGCCCAUUCAAAUUUAGCAAGUGUAUUGCAGCAGCAGGGAAAACUGCAGGAAGCUCUGAUGCAUUAUAAGGAGGCUGUUCGAAUCAGUCCUACCUUUGCUGAUGCCUACUGUAACAUGGGAGACAUUCUAAAGGAGAUGCAGGAUGUUCAGGGAGCCUUGCAGUGUUAUACUCGUGCCAUUCAGAUUAACCCUGCACUUGCGGAUGCCCACAGCAAUCUGGCUUCCAUUCACAAGUAUUCAGGGAAUAUUCCAGAAGCAAUUGCUUCUUAUCGCACUGCUCUGAAGCUUGAACCUGAUUUUCCUGACGCUUAUUGUGAUUUGGCUCAUUGCCUGCAGAUUGUCUGUGAUUGGACAGACUAUGAUGAGCGAAUGAAGAAGUUGGUCAGCAUUGUGGCUGACGAGCUGGAGAAGAAUAGGUUGCCUUCUGUGCAGCCUCAUCAUAGUAUGCUCUAUCCUCUUUCUCAUGGCUUCAGGAAGGCUAUUGCUGAGAGCCAUGGGAACCUCUGCUUGGAUGAGAUCGGUGUCCUUCAUAAACCACCGUACGAACAUCCAAAAGACUUGAAGCUCAGUGAUGGUCGACUGCGUGUAGGAUACGUGAGUUCUGACUUUGGGAAUCAUCCUACUUCUCAUCUUAUGCAGUCUAUUCCAGGCAUGCACAAUCCUGAUAAAUUUGAGGUAUUCUGUUAUGCCCUGAGCCCAGAUGAUGGCACAAACUUCCGAGCGAAGGUGAUGGCAGAAGCCCAUCAUUUCAUUGAUCUUUCUCAGAUUCCAUGCAAUGGGAAAGCAGCUGAUCGCAUCCAUCAAGAUGAUGGUAUACACAUCCUUGUAAAUAUGAAUGGUUAUACCAGGGGUGCUCGAAAUGAACUCUUUGCUCUCAGGCCAGCUCCUAUUCAGGCAAUGUGGCUGGGCUACCCUGGGACCAGUGGCGUGCUUUUCAUGGAUUAUAUCAUCACUGAUCAGGAAACUUCACCUGCUGAAGUUGCUGAGCAGUAUUCUGAGAAACUGGCUUAUAUGCCCCAUACUUCCUUUAUUGGUGAUCAUGCUAAUAUGUUCCCUUACCUGAAGAAGAAAGCAGUCAUCGAUUUUCAAUCCAAAGGGCACAUUUAUGACAAUCGGAUUGUGCUGAAUGGCAUCGACCUCAAAGCAUUUCUUGAUAGUCUCCCAGAUGUGCAGAUUGUCAAGAUGAAAUGUCCUGAUGGAGGAGACAACGCAGACAGCAGUAAUACAGCUCUUAAUAUGCCUGUCAUUCCUAUGAAUACUAUUGCAGAGGCAGUUAUUGAAAUGAUUAACAGAGGACAAAUUCAGAUAACAAUUAAUGGAUUCAGUCUUAGCAAUGGACUGGCAACUACCCAGAUCAACAUUAAGGCUGCCACUGGAGAGGAGGUUCCCCGUACCAUUAUUGUAACCACACGUUCUCAGUACGGGUUACCGGAAGAUGCCAUUGUGUACUGUAACUUUAAUCAGUUAUAUAAAAUUGACCCAUCUACUUUGCAGAUGUGGGCAAAUAUUCUGAAGCGUGUUCCCAAUAGGGUACUGUGGCUGUUGCGUUUUCCAGCAGUAGGAGGACCUAAUAUUCAACAGUAUGCACAAAAUAUGGGCCUUCCCCAGAACCGUAUCAUUUUUUCACCUGUUGCUCCUAAAGAGGAACAUGUUCGGAGAGGCCAGCUGGCUGAUGUCUGCUUGGACACUCCACUCUGUAAUGGACACACCACAGGGAUGGAUGUCCUUUGGUCAGGGACACCCAUAGUGACUAUGCCAGGAGAGACUCUUGCUUCCCGAGUUGCAGCUUCCCAGCUCACUUGUUUAGGCUGUCUUGAGCUUAUUGCUAAAAAUAGACAAGAAUAUGAAGACAUAGCUGUGAAACUGGGAACUGAUCUAGAACACCUGAAGAAACUUUGUGGCAAAGUCUGGAAGCAGAGAACAUCUAGCCCUCUGUUCAACACCAAACAAUACACAGUGGACCUAGAGCGGCUCUAUCUACAGAUGUGGGAGCAUUACGCAGCUGGCAACAAACCUGACCACAUGAUUAAGCCUGUUGAAGUCACUGAGUCGGCCUAAAUAAGGACUGUGUGCACAGGAGAAUUACCCUGUACCUGAGCCUCAACCUUCUGGGGGAAAGGGAACUACUUUUUCCUUAUCUGUACAAUACCAUGUUGCAGAUGGGUGACAGACAAUGAUAAGAAAUAGCACAGCCAGACUUGCUUCCUGCAUGAU